ACGUUGAGCGCAGCCAUGGUCAAGAUCAGCUUCCAGCCCGCCGUGACGGGCGUCAAGGCCGACAAGGCGCCGGCCGCGGCCCCGGCCGCGGGCCCGGCCGCCGAGAUCCUGCUGACCCCCGCGCGGGAGGAGCGGCCACCCCACCCCCGCUACAGGAAGAGCGGCUCAGUGGGCAGCGUGUGCUACCUGUCGAUGGGCAUGGUUGUGCUGCUCCUGGGCCUGGUCUUCGCCUCCAUCUACAUCUACAGAUACUUCUUCCUUGCCCAGCUGGCCCGAGAUAACUUCUUCCACUGCGGCGUGCUCUACGAGGACCCCCUGGCCUCCCAGGCGCGCACGCAGAGGGAGCUGGAGGAGGACGUGAAGAUCUACCUGGAGGAGAACUACGAGCGCAUCAGCGUCCCCGUGCCCCAGUUUGGGGGCGGCGACCCUGCUGACAUCAUCCAUGACUUCCAGCGGGGCCUGACCGCCUACCAUGACAUCUCCCUGGACAAGUGCUACGUCAUCGAGCUCAACACCACCAUUGUGCUGCCCCCUCGUAACUUCUGGGAGCUGCUCAUGAAUGUGAAGAAAGGGACCUACCUGCCGCAGACGUACAUCAUCCAGGAGGAGAUGGUGGUCACAGAGCACGUCCGCGACAAGGAGGCGCUGGGCUCCUUCAUCUACCACCUGUGCAGCGGCAAGGACACCUACCGGCUGCGGCGCCGCACCACCCACCGGCGGAUCACCAAGCGAGGAGCCAAGGGCUGCACUGCCAUCCGCCACUUGGAGAACACCUUCGUGGUGGAGACCCGCAUCUGCGGGCUGGUGUGAGCCGCCACUGCCCCAGCUCCGCCCCGCCCCCGCCCCUUCCUCUUUUGACCUCGCUCUGGCCACCUUGGUCUCUAGCUUCGUUUGUACCAUGGGCGCCUUUCCUUAGAUGUGACAUGUCUCCUUAAGCCUUCCUGGCCCCGCCCACCUCCUCGUACCAGCACAGUGGCCUCCCAGACCCCAGCAGAGACAACUUGGGGUGGGUGUUGGGUUUAAAUGUAGCUGAGGGAGGGGCAGGCCCUGGAAGGCAUUCUUGUAGGGCAUACCUCUCCUCCUGAGUCCCCAGGGCUUGGGCUGAAGGCCCAAGAGCGCAGGGAAGGUAGCUUGGUCCGGGGGCGCCAGGCUUGUCAGUGCCUUUGCCACCAGCAGGGGCCUGGGGAUGCGGCCUAGGGUGAGAGUCAAGUCAAGCACAAUUGUUCUCCAAGUGGAACCAAAGAAGGAAGGGGCCGCCAAGGCCCCAGGAGCACAAGCGGGGUCCUCCAGCCACGGCUGGAGCCACAGGGUGGGUCACCCCCACGGUCUGAGGAGGAUCGCUUCCAGUCCUGUCCAGGCAGCGCCAGUAGCUGGGAGCCAUGUUUGGUCAAGCAGGUGGAGUUUGUUUCUGCAAGCCUGGAGUUACUUGUCUUUGAAGAUAAACUAGGGGGCAGGAGGGCCACCUGGUACCCGUGAACCUGCCUCCCCGCCUCCUGAGAUUCACCCCCUCUUCUCUGGGAGAACGCAGCGUUUCCCCUCCUCCACCUGCCCCUCCUCUUGCAUGUCUUCACUGAUGGUUCCAUGCUCACCCGCUGCGGAGCCCUACCUGCCUGCACGGGGGCGCCGCCGGUCAGACGUGGGUGCUUCCCAGAGACCAAACAGAAAUGCUUGUCUAUUUUCUCAAGUAGCUCUGUUCAGAAGUGUCUGUAGAGCAUUAAAGAUCUUAUACUUCUGA